AUGGUGAGGAUCGAUGGUGUUGUGCAGCCCGCCAUGAAGUGGUCCCACUGGCACGCCGCCAGCGAUCAGACUGAUCGAGCUGGCAGGUGUUAUAACAGCAAGGCCGACCGGGUGAUGAAAGAGCUGUGGAUCUCGGUGAAGCUCAAGGAGCUGGCGUACAGGCACCAGUGUGUGGUGGUGGUGACCAACCAGGUGGUGGACGUGGUGGAGCGGGACGCCGGGAACACCGUGGCAUGGUCGUCGGGGCGCAGCGUGAGCCCGGCGCUCGGGAUCGCCUGGGCCAAUUGCGUCAAUAUGCGCCUAUUCCUGACGCGGGAGGUGGACGGGGAUGGCGCCAGCGGGAGCGCAAGGAGGCGGAUGAAAGUGGCGUUCGCGCCGCACCUUCCGGAGCGGUCGUGCGAGUUUGUGAUACGGAGGGACGGCGUCUUUGGCGUCCAGCCGGCGGAGAGGUAG